AGGGUCUGGCAGGUGCAUAAUCAAACUUGACCAAGAGGUUAUGAUUGUUCAUUAAUUUAUUCAUUUGAUUAGAUUAAAUAAGCGACAAUCUUUAUAUUGAACGGAGGAAUCAAGAUUUCACUUAGUCAUUGUUCAGAACCACGUAGAUUGACACUGAAAAUAUGGAAAAAAUUGUUAUAUUCGGUUCCUCUGGAAUGACCGGUAUCUGUGCCGUGGAAGCUGCAGUUGAAAAAGGUCUGAACGUUAGAGCUUUUGUUAGGGAUGCUUCCAAAUUACCAGAAAACCUUAGAAGUAAAGUAGAAGUUGUCCAGGGGGACGUAUUGAAUUACAAUGAUGUAUCUAAUGCAAUUAAGGGAGUAUCAGCCGUAGUUGUUGUCCUUGGAACAAGAAAUGAUUUGAAACCUACUACAGUUUUGAGCGAAGGAACCAAAAAUAUCAUCAAGGCAAUGAAAGAAAAUGGAGUUGAGAUAGUGUCUUUCUGUCUGUCUGCUUUCUUAUUCUGGAAACCUGCUGAUGUACCUCCCAUGUUCCACGAUCUCAAUGCUGAUCAUCGCAGGCAAUUAGAUGCUAUAAAGGAGUCCAGUUUGAAAUAUAUUGCUAUUUUGCCACCACACAUUGCAGAUCAACCUGGUAAUGAUUAUGUGGUGAAACACGAUGAAAGCCCUGGAAGAGUAAUCACAAAAUAUGCUCUUGGAAAGUUUUUGGUUGAAUGCUUAUCAAUCCCAGAGCAUUAUGGAAAAAUUGUUGGUAUUUGCACAAAACCACAGUGAGCAACAAAUAUUCUGUGCAUCAUUUUAUUAUUGUUAAAUUUUUCAGACUAUUUGUAUUUUAUGGAGGAAAUCAUUGUAUAAAUUAUUUAAAAUACAUGAUAUUCAUUGUUA